AAUUUGGAAUGUAUUUAUAAAGUUGUGUAUUUCAUUAAAAAGAUGUCGGCUUCACGAAAAAUAUGCACCGCAAAUUCUGUAUAUAAUCAAUUUGGGUUAUGCUUGGGCGAAGCGCAUUUGCUCUGCGAACAGAAAAAAGCACUAGCUAAAGUGGAGAUUGUCUUUACACCAGCGACUCAAGUUCGCAUGCUAGAAAACUACAUACAGAAACUUUAUUCUUACCAAUUUCAAAUAUGUAUGUAUUUUAGAGCCUGCCUUAGACGGCGAUUGCAGUAACAGUUUACCUAUAAAACAGAAAGACGUUUCAUUAAAAAUGAAAUCCUAACAUAAUGAAAAAAACAUAAAUUGUACAGCCGUAGGAACGUAGACCCAAGCCACGUGACUACAAUUUUAUUUAUAGCUGACUUUGGGUAAUUUUCCUGUACUCAAAUUUGCUUUUGCAGCUUUGAGUUCUGUAAAAAGGCUUGUUACACACUUAUCACAGUUAUAAUUGCUGCAAUAUUAAUUUUCGUCGCUGCAAUUUACUUACAUUUUAAAACUUCAACUGAGACAGUGUAACACGUUCUCCGAACAGAAUAAAAGUGACGGAUGAUGGCAAAGUUGGCUGCACCACUCAGAAACAGAGUUGCAUAUUUCCUCAAUGAAUUGAGUCGACCAAUACAUUUCGAUUAGUUUUUAAUGUUACCCUGACUCACACAUGCAUUUCUGACAAUUUAUAACUGUUCUUCUCUCAAAUUUCGUCUUGGUGUGCGGUUCUCAGAUUUUAAGAAAUUUUAUUUCUUUUUUUUUUGUGCAGUUCAUUUACGAUAAUAACUCAGAAUGACUUCGUUCAGCUCGCCAGAUAUUUUGAUGCCACUCGACGACUAUUACGAGCAGUGUGUUAUACCUAAACCGAAUAUUCCCAAACAUUAUGGAUUCCAUGUAGAAAAGAGACAACGACAAGCGGCUCGUUUGCAAUCUUAUAAGGAAAACCCGGAUGGUGAUGAAGACGAGCUUGAAGAUGAGGAGGAAGAACAGAUGGAAGAGCUAAAUUCUUCCAUAGAGGAUUCCAAUAGGAAUCAAAUUUCGUUUGAAACUAAUGACUUCAAUAAGAUUUAUGAAGAAGCUGAAUCGCAAAAUUCCACAAAUGAUGCAGCUAUAGAGCCAAAAACGGAAAUUCCGGCUUCUUCGGCACAGUGGCGCAUAACACCAAUUAAUGUGAAUCGUCCCCAAGGAGCUGCACCUUUGGUUCCGAUGGAUGCUCCGCGUGAUAACCCAAAAACUUUAGGCUACCGCUAUCAUAAUAGAAAGCAUAUGAAACGUCGCAAUUAUCGCUUCAACAGUAACAAUAACAACAGUCAGCAAAAUAACAACACGAAUACAUUUAACCGUAAUAAUUCUGUACACAACCGUCUAGGCUACAUUCCGAACCGUAAUCAACAGCGUGGUAAAAAAUGGAUUCAUGGAUUCAAAAACAAGCCAGAAAAUAACCGCAACAACAAUAAUAAUAAAAAUUACAAUAACAAUAACAAUACCAAAAAUAAUAAUACCAACAAUAAUAAUCAGCAAGAGCAGAAGGUAUUAAUGAAUAUCGAUGGCCAUUUUCCAAAUACUCGCUCGCAGCUUAUUGUGAGCUCCUCAUUAAAUUCGAAUCCAUUUGCUAGCUCAGGCAAUAAUCUGAACAACAAUUGUUUUCAAUCUUAUCAACAACAAGCCAACGCCAAUUGGCAAUUGGGCUCCAAUUCGCUAACUGCACUUAUAAACUCAGCUAAUCAAAUUCGUCCUUCCGUUGACCAAGCAUCGGGAAUGCAAAAUAUU